AUGUCCACUGAGAGCUAUACUCUGGAAUAUGCCGAUCUUGAUGCUCUUGAUAUCUCGCGUCUGAACGACCCUCAGGGCAAGCAGGAGCUCGCAUCCCAAGUGCUCUCGUUUGUCAACAAAAAUGGAUUUUUUUACGUCAAAGGGCAUGGCUUGACCGGAGACCAGAUCAAGCGACAAUACAGUAUUGGAAGAGAGCUCUUCAACCUUCCACUCGAGGAGAAAUUACGAUGUAUCGCAAACACUGAAGCUGGCGACUUCCGCGGAUACAAGCCUCGCUCAACAGGUGAACUUGGAGCAAGAGACAAUGAUGAGAGAUACAACAUCCCCAAAUUUACGCCUGAGCACGAGAGGUCCCAUCCCAAACUGAUUCAAGACCAUUUUGAUGAAAUCAAGGAGUUCUCGUUGCAUGUGCAUAAUCAAGUGCUGUUGCCUCUACUACGCCUGUUUGCCUAUGUUUUGGAGAUCGAUGAGAGUUACUUCGCCAGUCGACAUAGGUACGAAGCUAGGGGCCUGGAAUACCUACGCUACAUGAAAUACUUUCCACGCACUGAAGCAGAAGAUGCCGCCGUCAACAACAUCUGGGCAAAGGGUCAUACGGACUACAAUACCUUGACCUUCCUCUUCCAUCAGCCCGUUUCGGGACUCCAGGUACAGACGCCUGAGGGCUGGAAGUACGUCAAGUCUUUCGAAGACACCAUCAUUGUGAAUGUUGCAGAUGCACUGGAGUUCCUAAGUGGCGGUUAUCUAAAGUCGACCGUCCACCGAGUUAUCCGCCCUCCACCUGAUCAGGCCGAUAAGCCUAGACUAGGUCUGAUAUAUUUCGCACGCCCUGAAGCCGACGUAGAGCUUGCACCUGUAGAGAGCCCUCUAUUGCAGCGUCUAGGUUUACAAUCUAGCACCGAAGAUGUGCCAAGAGGCGUCACUGCUGAAGAGUGGGCCAGAGCGAGAAUUGCCAAAGAUCAUAGAUUCAGAACGGGUCUUGAUGAAAGAAGAGAAGGCGAGAUUAUUGCCGGAGUACAUCAGAAGUUCUAUGAUUGAUAAUGACCUGGAUUCAGGGGCACAUGUUGCUACAACCGAGCUCUCAGCCUCUUUAGCCCCUUUCUGAUCCAGC